AUGGCAGAGCCACUAAGCAUCCUGGCAAAUGGCGACAACACUGAACCCGGUGUUCUCGACGAAGCCGCCGGCGGCGGCGUUAACACCGAAGAAGACAGCGUUGUUAUCUUAAAUUUGACACUUGAUGAACUAAAUAAUUCGACACGUCAAGAUUUACUAGAGGCGGGUUCAGAAACAGACGUUGACCUUGAUACAAAUAAAAUAAAAUCAUUUACUGGUAAAACAGUGAUACCUAUAUUUUUAUAUUUUGACGAUUAUGGUAUAAAUAAUCCAUUAGGAAGCCAUUCAACAUCAAUUUUGGCAGGAUAUUACAGUUUUCCAACUGUUCCUCAGUAUUUACUAUCCAGAUUGCAAUUUAUAUUCAAUUGUGCUUUUUUAAAAACGAAUGAUUAUAAGCAAUUUGGAAAUGACGUGUCUUUUCAUCAUAUAAUUGAAGAACUUACAUUUUUAGAAAAAGAGGGUAUCGUUAUUAAUACACCUGAUCAAAGUAUUAGAGUUUACUUCAUUUUGGGAGCAGUUCUAGGUGACAAUUUGGGCCUCAACACAAUUAUGGGGUUUACCAAGUCUUUUAAUUCCAACAGCUUUUGUAGAGUAUGUAAACGCACAAAAUUAGAAACAAAAAGGGAUUGCAUACAAUUUGAUGAUUCUCUAAGAAAUGAAAACAACUAUGCCAUGGACUUAAAAAAACUAGAAUUUGAAGUAACAGGGCUACGAGAAGACUGUGUAUUCAACCGAAUACCUUCUUUUCAUGUUCUCGAAAAUUUUAUUUUUGAUGCUAUGCAUGACCUUUUUGAAGGUGUGUGUCAUUAUGACAUUUGCAAUAUUUUAUUAUCAUUAAUAAAGGAAAAUAUAAUUACUCUAGAGGUUCUUAACAGCCGUAAAAAUCUUUUUCAAUAUGGUGAAACUGAAGUCGGUUAUAUUUCUUCGUCCACUAUAGAUAUUAGUCGUUUAAAUUCAAAUAAAUUAAAAAUGUCUGCGAGGGAAUGUUGGACAUUUAUUCAUUUUCUUCCUUUAAUGUUAGGUGAUUUGGUUCCCAAAUGUAAUAGAUCCUGGAAACUAUUGUGUUUACUUUUGGAAAUGUUGGAUAAGAUUUUAUUGCCUGAAUUCAAUGCGGAAGACAUUAAUGCACUCACAACACUUAUUCGCCAACAUAAUUAA